AUGGACGCUGGGGAUAUUUCAGAUCUGUCGUCCCCCUUAAGUUCCCCUCCCAGUUCGCCUCUCAGUUCCCCUCCGGAAUCGCCAAAACUCCCUGAGGGCUUUCAGGUUCUCACCCCUCCUCCCUCACAGCAUGCGGGCGAAGAAAUGCCUCGUUCACGAAAGCGCCGGAAGAUCGAGCCAAAGAUCCGCACCACCCAAUACCUGGAUCUCACCUCAGACACUGCGCAAUCCGAGUACGAUCGCUCGGAAGCCUUAGACACUCUUCUCAAGGCCUUGCGAAACAGGAGAAAGAUUGUUGUUAUUGCAGGGGCUGGUAUAUCUGUCUCGGCCGGCAUACCGGAUUUCAGAUCUUCCCAUGGACUUUUCAAGAGCUUGAGAGGGGAACACAAGUUGAAAAGCUCGGGCAAGAUGCUCUUUGAUGCUUCUGUCUACAAAGAUGACCAUUCGACCUCGAGUUUCCAUGACAUGGUGCGCAAGCUCUCCAGGAUGUCUGCCAAUGCCAAGCCUACACUCUUUCACCGUUUCCUCGCUAGACUCGCCGUCGAGGGUCGAUUGUUGCGACUAUAUACACAGAAUGUCGACUGUCUAGAGACGUCACUGCCACCGCUGGCCACUCAAGUACCUCUCAACCACAAAGCGCCCUGGCCAAAGACGGUCCAGCUACACGGAGGCCUCGAGAAAAUGAUGUGCCAGAAAUGCAGACAUAUCUCCGAUUUUCAACCGAAUCUGUUUGAUGGCGCCGCUCCUCCUCUUUGCCCCCAAUGUGUCGCGGCAGAUGCGUUGAGGACGGCUCAUGCGGGGAAGCGAAGUCACGGCGUGGGCAGAUUGCGUCCUAGAAUUGUGCUCUAUAAUGAGCAUAACCCUGACGAUGAGGCGAUUGGCGCGGUUACCACAGCAGAUUUUCGAACGAGACCAGAUGCGGUCAUUGUCGUUGGCACGAGCAUGAAGAUUCCCGCUGUGCGACGCAUCGUCCAUGAGAUGUGCCAAAUUGUCAGAGACCGGCGGGAAGGGACUACAGUGUGGAUUAAUCGAGAUCCCGUACCCCCCGGAAAGGAUCUUGAAAACUGUUGGGAUCUCGUUGUCAGAGGCGACAGUGACGAAGUGGCGCGAUUGGCAUGCUUAAAAGAAUGGGAUGAUCCCAGCCAGGACGUGGCCGAGAGUUAUACAGAGGCUGAGCUUGAAAGAGUCACGUCUAGUCAGGGCGAGAUUCAAGUGGUAAUACCAUCGAGUCACCAGAAAAAUAAGUGCGCAGCCCCGGGUCAUCCGCCGUCAGCGGAUCUCCAUACGAUGACUCCUCCACGAAGUCAGAACGGAGAUGCGUUAUCACGAACAAAAACAGAAAACGGGGUCAAAUCUUCAGCGUCUUCGCCGAUCCGAAUCAAACUCCACGUUACCGAGCGAAGCAGACAGGCCGCGGUCAAAAAUGCAGCCAGUUCUGGCAAGUCCAUUGCUGAACUUCUUCGCGGGAAAGAGAACAAAGACAAAGCGGUAAAAUCCAAGACUUCUCUGAACAAGAAACCCAGGGUUACCAAGAUCAGGGCUUCUACGAAUCCUCGACAGCAAGGAAUCCUCUCUGGAAAGAUCACCAAACCCGUUGUUGUGAUCAAUAACACGGCAUAUAAAAAGCCUUUACCGGAACCAUUGUCGCCGCGUCGCGACGCCAACCGCACAUUUUUUGCGCCGCACAAAUCGGAAUACUCAAGCGUGGAGGUGAGCCCGGCGCCAGAAACGCCUCCUUCGACUUCGUCGCGCGAAGAGUGGCGAAAUGUCGAGACGGUGUCCCCUUCGGGGCGGAUACCGUCGGAUAUGAUUAAGUUAUUGAAUUAG